CUUUUUGUCAUUGAUACGGGGGAGGGGAGGAAGGAAUAUUGAUGACUUGGUACCGGAGUUCCGCCGGCCUCCGACGCUCCGUCGUAUUCAAUGAGUAUAAAUUCACGUUCGGAGGGUCAUUGUUUAGAGAGAGAAAAUCUGAGCUGUGAUUUAGCUGUCCUCAUUCUCCGUUCACACCAACUCCCAAAAUCCCUAGAAAAACCCUCCGUCCUCCAUUUUUCUCUCUCAUCAUUCCACCCAUUGAUUUAGAUGUCUGGUUUCUUCAGAUGAAGAACAUUAAAACCCUUCUCCUGCUGCUGCUGCUUUCCGUCUCCACUGCUUCUGUUUUUUGCUUUUCCGGACCACUCACCGACGAUCAGGUCAUUUACAUUCGUCGCCGGCAGCUUCUGUACUACCGGGAUGAGUUUGGUGACAGAGGCGAGAAUGUAAGUGUCGACGCCUCGCUUGUCUUUGAAAACCCUAGGUUGAGAAAUGCCUACGUUGCUUUGCAAGCUUGGAAGCAGGCUAUACUCUCAGAUCCACAAAAUCUCACCGUUGACUGGGUGGGAUCCGCUGUCUGCGACUACACGGGUGUAUUCUGUGCUCCCGCUCCUGAUAAUAGCUCUGAGAGAACCGUCGCCGGAAUUGACCUUAAUCACGGCGACAUCGCUGGGUACUUGCCGGAGGAGCUUGGGUUGCUUGAGGAUCUUGCAUUGUUUCAUAUUAAUUCGAAUCGAUUCUGUGGAACUGUUCCGAAGAAGUUUCGUCACUUGAAGAUACUCUUCGAACUCGAUCUCAGCAACAACAGGUUCGCCGGAAAAUUCCCUUACGUUGUUCUUAAAUUACCGAAAUUAAGGUUUUUAGAUCUCCGGUUCAAUGAGUUUGAAGGUGGUGUUCCUAAAGAACUAUUCGAUAAGGACUUGGACGCCGUUUUUAUAAAUCAUAACCGGUUCGUCUUUGAAUUGCCGGAUAAUUUUGGCAAUUCGCCGGUGUCGGUGAUUGUUUUAGGGAACAAUCGGUUUCACGGUUGUCUUCCGGCAAGUAUCGGGAACAUGUCGGAUACCUUGAAUGAAAUUAUCAUGAUGAACAAUGGAUUGAGGUCAUGUGUGCCGGAAGAAAUUGGUUUGUUGAAUCAAGUGACGGUGUUUGACGUGAGCUUUAAUCAGUUAAUGGGGCCGUUGCCGGAGAGUAUAUCCGGCAUGGUGAGUUUGGAGCAGUUGAAUGUGGCUCAUAAUUUCUUGUCCGGAAGUAUACCGGAGAGUAUUUGUAGGUUGCCGAGGUUGGAGAAUUUUACUUAUUCCGAUAAUUUCUUCACCGGUGAACCGCCUGUGUGUUUGAAUUUGGAGGCGUUUGAUGAUCGGAGAAAUUGUUUGCCGGCGAGGCCGGUACAAAGGUCUGAUAAGCAGUGCAAGACGUUUGGGUCUAAGAGGAUACAUUGUAGUGCAUUUAAUUGUGCUUCAUUCGUUCCCCCCUUGCCUCCACCUCCACCACCUCCCCCACCCCCAUCACCACCUCCUCCGCCGCCUCCACCAUCACCUCCACCACCCGUUUAUUCCUCUCCCCCACCUCCACCACCAGUUUACUCACCUCCCCCACCUCCACCUUCACCACCCCCUAUUGAAAAUUCACCUCCUCCACCUCCAAUUAUUUACCUGCCACCACCACCACCACCGCCUGUGAUAUAUUCAUCACCUCCUCCACCUCCAAUUUACUCUUCUCCACCACCCCCAGUGGACCAUCCAUCUCCACCUCCACUAUCACCACCACCACCAAUCAUAUACAAUAGCCCACCACCACCAGCUCCAGUAUACGAGGGUCCAUUACCUCCGGUGAUUGGCGUUUCAUACACGUCUCCUCCACCUCCACCUAUCUAUUGAUUGAUUCAUGAAAUUUCAGUUGCAUUCUGAAACAACAGCCACAAUAAUACAGCCAUCUGUUUGGUGAUGAAGAAAUUCUUCAGCAUGAUGAGAAAGGUUAUAGGAAAAAGAAGAUCUCAGAGAAUUGAUGACAGAAAUAAGUAAAAUCUGAAAAACAAAAUGUAGGUUGCAGAAUGUAUAGAGAACAUCCAUAGAAGCCAUUGAUGAGUUAUUUCUUAUGCUGGUUUGUGGGUUUCUAGUUUUAUUAUUUCAUUUCAUACUUUUUUCUAAUAUAUUAUUAUAAUAUAUUGAAUCAACGACAUUUUACUUGUACUUUCUCUCUCCAUCUUCAUAUUUCUUAUCAUCCCUUUUUCUA